UAUUCAUCUCACACACCCUCAAGGUAAACCUGCUAAGACCGAAAACUCCAAUAGCAAUCCAGUAGAAAACUAAAUACAUCACCAGCAUCAAUGGCCAAGUCACAGGCAUUGGCUGCAACAUUGUUGCUUGUCCUGGUGGUGUCCCUCGCCGCAAUAGAGAGUGUUCAUGGCGUUUGCGGCAUGUCGAAUGAUGAAUUCAAGCUUUGUCAGCCUGCAGCGGCAGUGAAUAACCCAACAGGCAGUCCAUCUGCCGAGUGUUGUGCCGCGCUAGGAAAGGCAAACCUAUGGUGCAUCUGUCGCUACAAAGGCAUGGCCGGCAUAUGGCUGAAAAUGUACCAUAUUGACGCACGCCGUGCCAUGGCACUGCCAGGCAAGUGCGGCCUUACCAUGCCAAGCAACUGCCCUUGAUGAUGUGAAGUACUAUCCAUAAGCAUCUAGGUGUGUGUCAGAGUGUGGGUGUACAUAUGCAUCUACACUUUAUGACUAAAUAAGUGGAGGAGCACUUAAAAGGCAUUGUGCUCGGUCUUAUUGUUGUUUUGUGAUUUGAAUGUGUACUUGUCGCACUAAGCUUUGAUUAGCAGUAUGCAUGUAAGAGGAUGUUAAAAGUGCCA